AUGGCGUCAGGCUGCGUUUGAUUCGAUGGCGGAUUCAGACGCUUUUUUAUUGUUUUCAUGUCGGUUUUUCGUGUGUUUUUGCUUUACUGGAGGAUGAAGCUGUAGAAGUGGAACUCUCCCCGGAGGGUUCCGCGCUGGUUCCGGUUCUUCUGGUUCCGGUCCGGCGGAGUGUUCAGCUGACAAAGAAAAGGAAAAAGACACAAUGCAGCCCAUCUGGGAGCUGUCCAUCCCCCUGCCGGCAGUGAUGAUCAUCACAGUCAGCCUCUACAUGCUCCUUCUGGGGAUCAGCUUCUGGAUCAGAUACUGUCUGCAGGACAAGUGCUCUGCGGACUGCUGUGACUGCUGUCCCAGCGUCUCGGUGUGUGAACAGUGCUUCAGACUGGCGGAGAUGUGCGACUGCAGCCUCCCGACCGUGGGCAGCCUCCUGCCUGCGUCCUGUCCCGCGCCCUCAUGUCCCCGGUGGGACUGCGCCUGCACCUGCCAGCCUCCAGAGUGCGAGUCCUGCAACUGUCUGUGCUUCGAGAUCCGCAUCAAGUAGAGGACGGAGCACGAUGAGGGCCUUCGUGUUCAGCUCGCUGCUGAAGGUGUUCCUUUUGUAUUCCACACUUUUUUAUUAUCUUAGAGUUUCCGGAGUGAGAGAGGGCUCUCGUUCUGUGACUCCUCCUGGAGGGAGAAUCGCCUCCGUUGCCAGGAAGGUGUGGUGCCUUCUCAUUUCUACAAUGUAAAUAACAGUAAAGUCGUUUGUGUUUCUACAUGUGGUUCAAUUCAGAUGAUCCAAACUCUUCUACACUUUUAACUUUGUCAUUGUGUAGUUUUGUAAAGAUACAAAACAUCUUUGUAUGAAAGAGUGCAUCAGUAAUGUCAGAAGAUGAAGGCUGAUGUUGAUUUAAAAUCAGUUUAAAACUGUUUUGUUUCUAGAUUUGUUUGUUUCACUGAUCUGAUGAACUGAAGCUUUUGAUACCGUGAAACUGAACACAAAACAUCGCCAAUUAGAUCAUGAUGAAAAAAAAUGACACCAGACAUGAAAAUGUUCUUUUCUUAUUAAACGACAAAGUCAAAGUGAGAUUUAUUGUCAGUUCUGUUGUACAAACAAGACACACACUGGAAUCGACAUUCGGUUUCCGUGGACAAAUAUCACCCACAGCAAAACAUAGAAAACAGAGACAGAAUGUAGCACCCAGAAUAGAGUCAAAAUGAGGAAAAAGAAGGUUUGCUAGAAAAACAAAGCAGUGAGAUGUAAAAUAGAGGUUAAACAGAAAUGUUCAAUACUUGAUGCAGUAUAUCCUGAUGGAAGCAUAUAGUACAAUAUACCCUGAAUGGGGAAUAUGUGACUAAUAAAAAAACAAAAUCUGUUUAUGUCAUAAAAAUAAGCUGAUGUGGUUAAAAUAA